CGUGACAUGACCCUAUAGUGAUGAAGACCUGAGUUUAAGUUUAAUCUUCACUUCAAGCCAAGCUGACAAAAGGUUUAUCGGAUUUCAGAAUGGAUGUUUGGUGUGGAAAGUCGCAGUAAUGGCUGCGGUGAUGCAAAACAUCUCCGGGAGCAAUGUGGAGGCCCAGCUGAUCUAUGCCAUCACGCUGCCCGUCUCCUGUGCCAUCAUCCUGAUCAACCUGCUCAUCAUCCUGUGCAUCACCUGCAACCGGCAGCUUCACAACUCACAGAACUACUUCUUCCUGAGCCUGCUGGUGGCCGACAUGUGCACCGGCGUGGUGCUUCCCUUCAUCCCCUGGAUGGGCCUAAACCGCCCUCUCAGCUUCUCGUCCUGCCUGCUGGUGCACAUCUUUCCCAACUUUCUGUUCCUGGCCUUUCUCUUUAACCUGGUGCUGGUGCACUACGAGCGUUACAGGAGCAUCGUGAGUCCGCUUCAGCGCGGACAGCUCUGGCUGCAUCGGCGGUUCGCUCUGCCGCUGCUGGCUGUGUGGAUGCUGCCGCUGCUGUUUGCACUGUUGCCUGCCUUUGGCUGGAACAACAAGGCUAUUCACGAUCGGAAUGAGUGCUGUCCAAUAACUAAUAGCACGGUGCGCUCUAACUGUGUAGCGCUGUCUGGAGAGCGUUGCUGUACAUACCGCAGUGUCUUUCCUAACGCUUUCAUCUAUUUGGAAGUAUAUGGUCUACUGGCACCCGCCAUCCUCUCCAUCGCUGCCAUGACGUGCCGGGUGCUGUGGAUCACACGAGAACAACUGAGGGACAUCCAGCGUCUGCAGCGAGCCGUAGCAAACAGGGAAUGCAGACGGAGAAUGGAAAUGCGUUACGCUUGUUGUGUGGCAGCCGUUUCCCUUGCCUUCCUGACCUGCUGGGUGCCCUACAUCGUUUACACCCAUGUAGGUGUGGAGUUUUUGCUCCGACGGGGAGGAAAGAGCAAUCGCACUGGCCACAUUGUGCUAUCCUGUGUUGGCAUCGGGGGCAUUGCUGUCGUGCCUCUGCUUUUGGGACUCGCCAACAGGGAGUACACAGAUCCGGUCAAGAAACUGUUCCGCAAACUGCGGCACCGCUACAGAAAUACAAGUGUGCAAAUGGACACUAGCCUUCAAUUCAGUUGA